AUGCUACCGUGGCUAUUAUUUAUCAACGCCAUAACAUUUGCUGCACUUUUAAUUGCAGUUGCGGUUCCUCCGCUCUACUUUCAGUUCGGAAAUGCCAACGAUACCCCGACGGACAGUUAUCCUGCAGGUAAUAGCUUUCCAGGACGUAACGCAGAGGGUGAAAUCGUGUGGCAGAGACUUUAUAUACUGUUUGCUGUACCACUGUGCGGGUGCCUGAACGGUUUAUUUUUGUACUUUACUUAUUAUCGUCAUAUGAGACAUAUGCAGUUCAGAGUCGAACUCUGCUGCACAGAACAGAGAAAUUUGAAAACGGCACUCUUCGUUUUUCUACAUAAAAAGAAAAAGCCAUCCGGUAUGUUUAGCGAGAGUGAAGAAGAGGGUAAUUUUUCGGCAGAUCUCGAAGGUAAUUGGCGACUGCCGGGCGACAGUUUCAUUAGAGGAUCGUUCGCUUUCCAACCGAAAGAAGGCAAGGCGCCGCCUAUACGUACGGAAGGACUAUCACAUCGUGCUUACUCCACCACGCCGUGGCUUCCGGAACUGCGAGAACUACAAGAUAUAAUUGCAAGCGUGUUUAUUCAACGCGCUGACAAAUUGCGGGACGAGGUUAUGGAACUCCUUCAUGAGACAGUUUUGAUGCAUAUUGAAAGAGACAAGGGAUUGACUGAGAGGAGUAUACAAAAGUCUAUUCUUUUAUUGCUGCAACAGAAGGAGGAACUGAGUGUUCCAGUUAUGACCAAGUGCUUGAAACAGAUAGAAAUAGAAGGAUUUAGUAAAGUCGUGUCAUGA